AUGUAUAAAUUUAUUCUAUUUUUUUUGCUAAUAUCUUUUAUAUUUGCUGAUGAAACUGGUUUGGUAGAUAGCGGAGAUAAAUUUACUAUAAAAGGAACUGUUAUAUUACCUCCAGAAGCCAUAGCAGAAGAAGGUUGGCAGGCAAAAGUCCUUAUUCAUAUUGACUAUGGAAAGAAGAUUGGAUUCAUUAGGAGUGAUGGAACAUUUAAUAUAUACAAUCUUCCUUCAGGAAGUUAUUUAGUUCAAGUUAUUCACAAAGAUUACGAUUUUGAGCCAGUACGUGUGGAUAUAACAACAAAAGGAAAAAUUAGAGCAAGAAGAAAUAUUCUUAUACAACCUAAUGCUGUUAAUUUGGUUCCAUACCCAUUACAAAUGAUUCCUCGAGGGAGAAUUAUAUAUUUCAAUGCCAAAAAUGAUGGAUUUAAAAUUACAGAUGUGUUAUUUAGUCCAAUGGUAAUAAUGUUGGUGUUACCAAUGGCAUUAAUGUAUAUUAUGCCAAAGAUUGUCGAUAAGGAUCCAGAAUUGAAGAAAGAGAUGGAAAAUAUGCAAAUGCCGAAAGUCGAUAUGCCUGAUAUGUCUGAGAUGCUUUCAUCAUGGUUUGGUAAUUCACAGCCAAAAAAAGUUUCCCGGAAACAAGGGCAAAGAAACCGAUAA